CGACGAAGACACCGCAGCUGCGGAACCCAGCGAACAAGCGCCUGUGUUGUCGUGCUCUCAACCGAUGCGUGAUGCACGAGCUAGCCGUGGAGCACCGCGUCAUAAAAUCACGAUGAUAGCAGGUCUGUGUAUGAGCAGAAAGGGGGGCGGAUCGUUGUCGUGUCGCUCUGCUUUGAUAUUCGUGUCUCUAUCUACAAAGACACACCGGAGAAAAUUGGUAGUACAAGCUUGCGCGGUACUGGCCUGCCACAAUUUGUUUACCAAUCUUACGCGGAAGUGCCGCCGUCCAACUUCUGUGGCUCGUUGUCUUCAUCGGCCAGGAUUCGUGUCUGAGAAGUUGUCUUUCCACAAUGAGAGGCGUGUUUACAAUAGCCGCGGCAGUUCUCUUGUCACUGUCCCUUUCUCCGACCGGAAGCCAUGCGGUAACUCGACGGCAGCAACCAACUCCUCAUUUAGGACAUGACACUUUUCUACUCUCCGGCGAUGGGAGUGACAUCAUGGUCAUGAAAACGAAGGAAUGGCACCUGAAAAUAGGAACAGCCAUGAUGAGGGGAAGACGACGAUAUUUUGAAGAUGCGUGUGUGGUUACGGCCGCUGUGCCUGGGCAACCGAACGUCCGUAUUCAAGCAGUAUUCGACGGUCAUGGUGGGCCAGAAUCGGCGCAGGCUCUGGCUGUAAACCUGCAAGAUGUUCUUACUGUCAUUGUCAUUGUCGAACACCUCGACCACAAGGAGGAGGUGAUUGUCCAAGGCCGGGAGAUCGUUCCAUCGAUGGACGGGCAUUUCGAUACCAUUCAAGAACUGAACAGUCGCUUUACCGAAUCUGCGCCUCGCGAAAAAAUAGAGAUUGGCAACAGAGAGCGCCCCUUCAAACUUCACGUCGUCAACGUUGGUGACUCCCGGGCGAUGUUGGUUACAGGCGAGUCCUACGCUGCUCUGACGAGAGAUCACGUGCCAGAUGAUCCAGGGGAGUGGAGGCGCAUUGAGGAGACUGGCGAUCAAGUCGUUUAUUCGGACGGUUGCGCGCGGAUUAGAGGGCUCGCAAUGAGUCGUUCGUUUGGCGAUUUUGUGGCAAAAGAAGUGCGUACUCCAUCUCCGAUCACUGCGAAGCCCGAUAUAAGACGUUUCUACGCGACCUGGAACGACGUUCUCCUUCUCUACUCCGAUGGUCUCCACGUAGAUGGAGAAGACUGGAGGACGAAUUUCGGCAUGGCGAAACAAUGCAUUUCGUCGGUGCCUAAGAUCAGCGACGUGGCAGUGUGUCUACUCCAGCAGGCUUACGGAGGAGGCUCGUCUGACAACAUAACCGUCCUGGCGACGAAAUUUCGAAAGUUUCGUCGUCAAACCUCAGCCAAGCUCCGAAUUUUCGGGGGACUGGCAAAGAGUUUCAGUCGAGAAAGGCUGUUGCGGGAGGAGAACUGGUCGUUCAAGCUGCAAGGUAGAAACGGCUUCUCCUUACCCAUGUUCUAGGCAGCCUGAACGUGUCAGCUGUUGCGGCGAACGCCCUUUCCUAACUGAAAACAUAAGCUCAACUCAGCCUUCAGAUAUUUUGCACAUUCUGUACAUUGCACUCGAUGCUGUUUCCGUGUUUCGCAAGUCAGGCAAAGCAGCUGCGGUUGCCGCAGUAGCAGGUGCUCGCAGGUCCACACCCGUCUGCUAAUGGUGUGUUGCUUCUCCAUUCAAUCCGAAGAGAGAGAUGCUGAUAACAAAACCAGCAAAUAAAUGCAUUCCUCUCUCGUGAGUAGGUAAUGCAUGAGAUGUGUGCAAGCCAUCAGUGGAGUGGGUAACUGUUACAUCACUUGUGAAAGACACUUGUGGUGUUGUCGGAAAGAGUAAAGGGCGUUUCUUUAAAAUACGUUUUGUGGUUUGAAAGUUGCAUUUGAAUCAAAUUUCGCUUCAUUUUCUGGGAUGUUAGUCCACGUAAGGGAUUUUUGGGUGAGAUGCCGUAUUCACUGAAGUUGAACGAACCUUGCAACAUGAACUCGCCUCCUCAUAGCGUAGCGCUCUCGACCACAUCACCGGAUUAAGGAGGCUGUAUCUCGUUUGUCUCACGGCGCCAAACCACUCGUUUCCCUUUCUCGCGGUAGUCUGUGUUAGCCGAGGAUACCUGAAUAAUAAUAUCUGGGGCAAUCUGUCCC